AGUUUGCUAGAUGUUUUUUUGUGGAAAUUGUGCUUGAUGUUGAUGCACGUCCAUAUUGAAUUAGAAUAUGUUCUACUGCAUUCAUUAUAAAUACAAUUUUUUUUGAGAGACAUAUGCUUGAAUAUUUUAGAUUUUGUUAUGUGAAUGGUCAUUAGCCCGUUGUUACUCCUGGAGUUCCUCUAGACUCCAAAUCAAUUACUUAUACCAACCUCUUCUUCAUGAUAGCAUUCAAAAGACAAAAUUUGAAUCAUAUGCACUUUGGUACUCGUAAGUACUAUGACCUUGUUUCAGUAUAUUACAUUAUUUGUAGCAAUUCUCUUCAUCAUAUCAUACAAUAUAUGGAGGCGCAACAAAAAUGUACUUGUUCCAAAUUGGCCAAUAAUUGGCAUGCUGCCAUCCGUUUUGCAUAAUCAAUCCAAAAUUCAUGAUUUUGCAACCUUAGUUUUGAAACAUCAUGGUGGCACUUUUCAUUUUAAAGGACCUUGGUUUACAAACAUUGCCAACUUUAUGAUCACCAGUGAUCCCAUGAAUGUGCACCACAUCACUAGCAAGAAUUUCAGCAACUAUGGAAAAGGAUCUGACUUCCAUGAAAUUUUUGAAAUUCUUGGUGUUGGUAUUUUCAAUUUAGAUUCUAAUGAAUGGAAACAAGAGAGAGCAUUGUUUCAUUCAUUGCUCAAAAGGAAAAGCUUUGAGAUACUCCUUCAUCAAUGCAUUAGAAAUAAGUUAGAGAUUUUCCUAUUACCAUUUCUUGAUCAUGCAUCCAAAGGAGUACAAAUACUUGAUUUACAAGAUAUUCUUGAGAGGUUCACCUUUGACAUUAUUUGCACUUCUGUAUUUGGAUUUGAUCCUAAUUGCCUUCCUAACAAUUUCAGUGAGAUAUCAGAUAUUUCUUAUGUAAAAGCUAUAUCUGUGACUGAGGAUGUGAUCUUGUCGAGGCACUAUAUUCCAAAAUGUAUUUGGAAGCUACAAAAAUGGUUACAGAUUGGUCAAGAGAAGAAGUACAAGGUAGCAAAAGAAAAUCUUCAUCAAUUCAUAUACAAAUGUUUGAACUACUACAGAAGUGGUGAAGAGAAAAGAAGCGAUGAUAGUCAUCUUUGCUUGCUUAAAGAUCUAAUGGAGGAAGGAUUGGAAAAGGGGGAAAUGGUUGAGAGGUAUAUUAGAGAUACUACAAUCAAUCUCUUGGUUGCAGGAAAUGGAACAAUUAGUACAGGUCUCACUUGGUUUUUUUGGCUGGUUUCAACGCAUCCUAGGGUAGAUGGUAAAAUUAUUCAAGAGAUCAAAGAUAAUUGUUUAAAACACGAUGAGAAUUUUAUCGCUAAUUUAGGUGUGGAAGAGCUUGAUAAGCUAGUUUACCUUCAUGGAGCCAUAUGUGAAGCCUUAAGGCUAUAUCCUUCUGUAGCAUUUCAGCACAAGUGUGCUAUCAAAUCGGAUAAACUUCCUAGUGGAGACCAUGUUAGUCCAAAUACAAAGUUAAUAUAUUCUUUGUAUGCAAUGGGAAGGAUGGAGCAAAUAUGGGGAGAGGAUUGCUUGGAGUUUAAGCCUGAGAGAUGGAUAUCAGAUAGAGGACAAAUUAUACAAGUGCCGUCUUAUAAGUUCAUAGCGUUUAAUGCAGGUCCAAGAAGCUGUCUUGGGAAAGAUAUUAGUUUUCUUCAAAUGAAAAUGGUUGCAGCUGCAGUUUUAUUUAAGUUUCACAUUCAGGUGGUGGAAGGUCACUCAAUAAUUCCUAGGGUUUCUAUUCUCCUUCGCAUGGAACAUGGCUUUAAGGUCAAAAUUCGUAAAAGAUGCAUUUGAUAUAAGCAUUACAAGUUUUAUAAAGUUCAGAAUGAUUAGUGUGAUGCAUGUUGUGUGUUUUUAAAAUCUGUUUAUG